GUUUCGACUUUCGACCAUUCCAUUGCAURUUCCAACUGAAAAAUUGUAAUUAGUACUUUUAAGUUUUAAUAUYUUCAACAGUUUUAAGGACAUUUUCCAACAUGAUGCACCCUGCCGAAAUUGAGUUCAUGGCCGAAAAUGAGAUCAUUCAGAUUGUGCCAACAUUCAAUCACGCCGGCCACGUACACCUUAUUUGUGGUUCUUAUGGUCCGUUCCGAGCAGGUCUGCCGUUGAACGUUCCCAUUUGGGUGGCAUUGAAUCUGCGACAAAAAAAGACGUGUCGUAUCCUAGCUCCCGAUUGGAUGGCCGUCGAUAAGUUGCAAGAAAGACUUGAAGAAGAAAAAGCGUCUAAAUUUUUUACACAGCUACCAAGCAAUUUCUACCUGGAAAUUACACAGAUGUUAUUGACUGUAGCCAGUGAAGAUAUUCCGCAAGGGAACGAUAUAAAAACGGCAGUUAAAGAUCUAUGGGAUUUGAGAAUAGCAAAAUUAAGAUCUUCUGUUGAUUUAUUCAUUAAAGAAGGUCGUGUUCAAGCUUCUUUAAACCAUUUGACACCAAUGGAGAUUAAUUCUGUGAGGCCCGUAUUCCCAGAUACAUUGGAUGCUUUAAUGACGCUCCAUGAACACAUUAACUCGAGUGACGACAGGGAAGACAGCAGUCAGUCUUCUGUAGCAACUCCUAGUUCAGCAUCUUUUUCAUCAUCUUUGUGAAAUAAUGUAUUUAUACCUARAAUAGUCWAACUAUUUGAAGUGUAAAUAAACCUCAUGGUACUGAUCCUUUUCUGUGGAAUCGGGUUAAAUUAUUUGUAAUUCAAAUUAUGUAACAUAAUGAGUGUAAUAUAUUUUAUCUKAAAAGUCUGCAAUA